AUGUCGGAUCCAACUCUUCACAAUCCCCCAUCGAGCCAUUCGAGCCAUUCGCCAUGCGACGAGUCAAAAAGUCCCGCAACGGCUGUGCCAGAUGCAAAAGUCAAGUGCGGAGAGGAAAAGCCUCAUUGUAGCCGCUGUACCCGUCUAGGUGUUCGUUGCCCUGGGUAUGUCCAGUCUUUACGCUGGAUCACCAAACAUGAACAACCCAGUCCGGGCGCUGUAUCAGAUGGGAGAGUCGAGAGCCCAGAGGCUUCGGUGAAGCCGCCUAGACAGCCAUCGCAUCAGGCAAAUCAUGCAUUGCCGCUGGAUGAGGCCAAUGCUGGCCAGUCGCAGAAUCUAGAUUCGUCAGGUUUUGGACCCGAUGCGCCAAAUGGACUUUGUGAUCAUCUUUGGGAUCUCCCUGGCAGUGGAUCACUGCCUGAAUUAACGGAUCUAUGCCCGCCGUCGCCGAUGACGGCGUCGGUGUCGGCCUUUUCACAGCAUCGUGACUCGGUAUAUGACUUUGGAUCAUCGGGGGAUACUGCGGCUGAUCUAUCCCGUUUCCUGUCUUUGAUAGGACCACCACAGGCCGAAGAGAACGGUGCCAGCGGAAGCGUCUAUCGAGACUUUUCGCCCUCUACUAUUGUCCGCAGUUAUCCACCAUCAUCACAGGCACAACGAUCCCCCGCGCGUGACUUUGCGACUAUAUCUCGAUCUCUGAACAACCCUUCAUGGACACUCAUCGAGUACUACUUCAAAGAAGUCGCUGCCCUCUUUUCCAGCUAUGACAGCCAAAUGAACCCGUUCCGCACGACCGUCUCCCGCCUUUGGGGCUCAUCACUAGCCAUGUGCCGUACAAUGCAAAGCAUGGCCGCAGCAACGCUAGUCAAUGACUUCCCACAAUUCGGCCCAAUGGGUCGGAAAAUGCGUGACGAAGCCGUGGAAAUAAUCACCCGCGAGGCAGUCAUGGAUGACAAGGCACUAUUGGCAUUACUCAUGCUAGGUCAAACAGCUAGUUGGCAUGACCCCAAGGAUCUGGGAAUCUCUUUCUUCAAUCUGCUUCGCAAACAGGUCAACUCUCUAGCCUCGUCAUCGAAUGGUCCAAACUUCGGAUUCGUCAAGAACGUCAGCAAUAACUAUCGCUUCUUCGAAGAGGCCCUCAUCUACUGGGAGAUGCUUCUCUCCUUCGUGACGGACAAUGAGUCAAUGGUAUUCUCAGAUACGAGCACCUCAUCAAUGGGCGAAGCGCUCGUUCUCCAACGAAUCCCCCAUCCAUGGACCGGCAUCGCGCGAGACACCCAAUUCACCGUCCACGAAGUCGGCCGUCUAGUCCGCCGCGAGCGUAAACGCAUUCGCGCGAGACAAUUCACCUCGCAAGAUGAAAUCGCCCGCGCACAGAGGGCUAUUAAAAAGGCCCGGGAACUGGAAGAACGACUCCUCGGCCUGGCCCAUCCAUCCGAAGCCGAGAUCAUCAGUCCCGGCGAUGAAGAAACACCCGUCUGGCAUCUUCUCACUAUGGCUGAAGUAUACCGCUGCACGGGUCUGAUGCAGUUGUACCGCGUCUUCCCAGAUCUCUUGCGGAACCGCCUCCCAAAUUCAGAUGCACCACAGUACCCCGGUGCAGGAUGUUCCAAUGCCCGCGACCCGUUCUUCCCCAUCGACCUGGACAGCAUGAACAUGUUCCCCGGAUUCGCUGACGCAAAUUCCAAUUCCACUGCGAAUAAUAGCAACCCGCCAAAUACUCAAUACACACCUUCCUCCCCUCCGCAGAAUACCUUCACAUCGCCCCAUUCCCAGUCACACUCUCAAUCCCAAUCUCAGCAACAUCCCAUAUCCACCUCAGACCCCUCCAACCCAGAUCUCUUCGAUAAAUGGCUCACCGAAUUCGCCGUAACAACCCUCUCCCGCCUAAAAACCAUCCCCAUCGAAUCCCGCACCCGCUGCCUCCAACCCUUUCUCCUCGUCGCUUCAUGCAGCGAACUCCGUCUCCCAAAGCCAUGCCCAUCCACAGACCCUUCCUUCCCCGCCGGUAUUGGUAGCGAGGCAGGCGGAAACGGGGAUGAAGCUAGUACCGAACCGCCGAGUAUCUCGAUGGAAGCUAUUGAAGUCUCGCGCACGAGGCGGUUCAUUCUUGGUCGGCUUACGUCUUUUUUGCAUGUGUUGCCGCCGAAGCCGAUUAAUGUUUGUGUUAGGCUUGUCAAGGAGGUUUGGAGGAGGAUGGAUGCGGGGCAGGUGGAUACUUAUUGGAUUGAUGUUAUGAUUGAGAAGGGGUGGGAGACGACGAUGGGGUAG